ACCCCUGAACGACAGCUUGCACUUGGAAAUAGGAGAAUUAGUCGACGCGACGUCCUUGUUAUCGAGUUCCUGCCCGUUGCGCAAACGAGACAGCGUCCAAAAGUUCAACUUUGGAGCACCCUGCUACAAUCUAUUCACGAGGUCUUGUAUUCGGACCACAUACAUACCAACCCCUCGACCUGCAGUCUCGAUCCGAUCUGAAAUCUUGCGACGAUGCUCGACAAACUCGUCGGUCUCGCCAUGCUCGUGGCUGCCUCCUUCGUCUUCCUCUACUACACGAUCUGGGCGCUCCUCAUGCCCUUUGUCGACUCGGACCACCCUCUACAGAACCUGUUCCCGCCCCGCGAAUGGGCGAUUCGCAUCCCGGUCAUCCUCGUUCUCCUCGGCUCCGCCGUCGUCGGCUCCUUCCUCAGUGUGGUCAUGAUCAGGAGCAACAGGAAGAAGGCUGCAAAGGCCAAGGCCGCCGCGUCCAAGAAGAAGACCUAGGCGGUCCAUUAAAAUGGGUUUGCUCUUGGAAAUCAAGGGGAAAGCAAGCAGUUAGCGAAGCGAUGUGCCAAGCUUUCACCAAAGUUACCCACACAGGGGGGUUUGUUAAGCAGAUAUUCUUGCCUUGUUACCCAAUCUCUCAAAGUUUUGCCGUGGAACAUGGUUUCGUUUACAGAACACACAUUGCGUGCUUAGCGGAGUUUGAUACCAAAACGAAUGCCAUGAUGAUAUUCAAAGCUA